GUCUGAGGCCAGGCGUCCAAACCGGCGCGACCUUCGUGACCACCUGCAAGCCGCAUUUCUUUGCUUUUGUUGACUCGGUCUUGAAGUGAGUCGUAGAGGAGCUGCUUUCAGCGUCAACCUGGAAAACGUAGCUUGCUUGUGUAACGCCGAGCGGGGCAAGGUGGCACUUUCUCGUAUACGGCUGCUUCUCCUGAGAGCAGUCCUGGCUUCUAAGACUGCUAUCCACAUAACUCUGGAAGAAGAGCUGACAGUCUCGGCAUCCUAACAACCCUGGACAGAGCCCAGCAUGUCUCAGGCCACCAAGAGAAAGCAUGUGGUGCAGGAGGUAUUGGGAGAGCACAUGGUGCCCUCGGACCAACAGCAGAUAGUAAAGGUCCUUAGGACUCCGGGGAACAAUCUGCAUGAGGUAGAGACGGCACAAGGGCAGCGCUUCCUGGUGAGCAUGCCCUCCAAAUACCGCAAGAACAUCUGGAUCAAGAGAGGGGACUUCCUCAUUGUUGACCCAAUUGAAGAGGGAGAAAAAGUGAAGGCUGAGAUUUCUUUUGUGCUCUGCAAGAACCAUGUCCGUUCUCUGCAGAAGGAGGGGCACUGGCCUGAAGCCUUCUCUGAGGUAGCUGAGAAACAAAACAAUAUGAACAGACAGAGUCAGCCAGAACUCCCCGCUGAACCACAGCUGUCAGGAGAUGAGUCAGGCUCUGAAGAUGACUCUGACCUCUUUGUCAACACCAAUCACAGACAAUAUCAUGAGAGUGAGGAGGAGAGUGAAGAGGAGGAGGAGGAGGAGGCAGCCUGAGCCCGAUGGAGCCACUUCUCUACUUGCUCAGGGACUGCCCCUUGGCUUUUCUGGGCUUGGACAUUCCCAGGGUGCCCUGCAGAUCUUUUCUUUUGAAUGGACACAAGGCGUGGCCCCUUUCUGAACUGACCUAGAAGAAUUAAACCCCUGGUGGGUGAUGACUUA